AUGCCCGAGAGGCACUGGGCACGCACGGCGCACGCCGGCGCCAGCGGCCAGGGCCAUGGGAGGCGGUGGAGGGGUGGGGCCGCGACAGGCAGUGGGGGCGGGCGAAGGCACAUGAACGGCUGCGGGGGCGCGCCGCGCUCGGCAGAGCGAGUAGCAGGCGACGGCGACGAGGCCAUGGGCGGGCGCACGAGCAGCGCGCGGCCUGCGAGGCACGGGGCGGUCGGGGCGAGGCCAGUGGCUGGGAAGCGGCGACCGGAGCGGGUUGGCGCGGGGAAGGAAGAAGGGAGUGGAGGCCGGAGGUGGCCUCACCUGCGUUGGAGAGAAGCGGGGCGGCGAGGCUCGGGGGCGACCGUUGUGGAGGAGGAUGGGGACGAGGCGUCGUCGCGGCGUCAGGGAGCAGGGCAGUCCGGCGGGGAGGAGGACGGGGACGCGGCGACGGCGGGGCAGCGUCAGGCGGCUUCGGGUGCUCGUGCGGCGGCGAUGUCGGGUCGCGCGGUGGUCGAGGCGGUGAAGAAGCUGCGGGGCGGAGGCGGCAGCCCUCGGGCGCGGGCGUGCUCGCUGGAGCUGCGGCGGAGUCGAUCGGGACAGCAAGGCACUGGCGAGGAAGGGCGUCGCCGCGGCAGUGGGGGCGGAGGGGGGCGCAGCGCCCCGAUCCAGAUCGGGUCGAGGCGGGAGACGAGGGAGCGAGGGAAGUGGGGGAACAUGGGGCGUGGAUAA